AUGGCCGACGAUACCGCCACGGCGGAGGAUGUGCCCAUCACCUUCAACAUCAAGGCUUCAAACGAUGCGAAGUUUACGCUCACAUUGCCCGUUUCAACGCCAGUGUCGGAGCUGAAGGAGAAGCUAUCUUCGUCGGAAUAUGCCGACACCCCAGCAGAGCGCCAGCGCCUGAUAUAUUCUGGACGUGUCCUAAAAGACAACGAUACGUUAGCGACCUACAAGAUAAAAGACGGACAUACUAUCCACCUCGUAAAGAGCGCCGCUAGCAACCAACAGCGUCCGCCCGCGGCUGCGACCCCAACGUCAAGCAGCAGCACGCCAAACCCAGCAAGCACCGGAGUCCCAACGAACUUGGCCGCUGGCACAGGGAACAACCCUCUUGCUGGUCUGACCGGCGCACGAUAUGCUGGAUUUGCGCAACUUCCCGGCGCUGGCAUGUUUGGCCCAGAUGGAGGGAUGGGGCCCCCUCCCGAUGCCGAAUCGAUGUUGAAUAUGCUUGAGGAUCCCCAAGUCCAGUCCAUGAUGAACGAAGCUCUACAGAAUCCGGACAUGAUCGAUAUAAUGAUCCAGUCGAACCCCCUCUUGCGUGAUAACCCUGGGGCCCGCCAAAUGCUACAGAGUGACAGUUUCCGUCGUAUGAUGACCGAUCCUAGUACAAUGCGCCAAAUGAUGCAAAUGCAAAGAGCAAUGGGAGGCCUUGGUGGUGGCAAUGCUGCUUUCCCUGCCCCAGGGGUUACCAACACAACGCCCGAGGAUAAUAGGAAUGAGCAAGGCAACAACAGCAACAACGACAAUGGUGCCAAUCUCACUCUUCCUCCGUUCCCCGCUUUCAACCCUUUUAUGCAGCAGGGUCUUGGCGCUGGCAAUCCGUUCGCCGCUCUUUUCGGAGGGAACCAGGCUGGUCAGCCUGGAGCCGGGCAAACAGACUCGACAGGAUCAACUGGAGGUGGUGCUGCAUCAGAGCAAAAUAGACCUCCUCCCAGCCUCUUCAAUCCCAUCGGUGCCGGUGCGAAUCCUUUCGACCCUGACCAGAAUCCCAUUCUUCGCAACCCCGCGUUGAUGGAACAGUUGAUGCAGUCUCUGGGAGGCCCUGCGGGUCAGAGUGGUGCUGUUAAUCCAUUUGCAUCAUUGUUUGGUGGCGGCGGUUUCGGCAGUCCAGCCCCUCAGGAUAACAGGCCGCCGGAAGAGAGAUACGCGGACCAACUGCGUCAGCUCAACGACAUGGGUUUCUUCGAAUUCGAACGGAACAUCGAGGCUCUUCGUCGAUCAGGGGGCAGUGUACAGGGCGCGGUGGAAUACCUGCUGAGCCAUACCUCGUGA